AUGGUGUGCCGAAUUUUGGCAUUCGUCCUCUUGUCUGCAGCGCGGGCGCAGAUGUGUGAGGAUGGCCAGACAUGCCAAGUGCCUGGGAAUCUCGGCGAAGAGGGGUCGUUGCUUCAGUCGCGGAUGAGCGAGGGGUCAGAAAUGGACACGGGGAUCGAGAACAGCGAGAACAGCGAGGACUCGGAGGAACCGCGGAGGAACGGAUCCAUGGCAAGCUACGUGGAGAAGGUGUUGGGCAAGGUGACGGCUCUCGGUGGCAGCCACCAGAAGAACGUGGAGCUAGCUAAGGAUGAGGUCCGCAACCUCGCCGUUCAAGUGGCGGCAGAUCCCUACACCGUCUUCAACGUGAGCCAGUCCAACAUGAACGAUGCCUUUGAGAGGAUCAUCGCUGAGAUGGAAGAUAUCAUCAACGACACCUUGGUGUCUUUGGACAAGGACCACAAGGAGUUCGACAUCAUGAUCAAUAAUAUCCUCCAGUGCGGGGUGAAUCUCAAAGCCAGCAAUGUGAGCGUGACGGAAAUGAGCCCUGCCGUGUUGCUGCUCGGCGUCGAACAUGAUGUGUGCCGAAACGACACCGUUAUCUUGCGGGACCAGAACCACACCGCCCAGACGAACUACUACAACUACAUGGCGAACCCCAACAUGCCCGACUGCGCGCAGAAUUUCGGGCCAGGGACGUGCCCAGCGCAGCAGGACUUCUCAGUGCCGUUGUACUUCGACAAUGCCAUAACAUGUGCCAGCGAGGCGGAGAAAUGGGCCGGGGCGUUCCACAAACAGGCGGUUAGCUUGAAAAGUGCGCAUGAGAUUGCGGAGAAGGCUGUGAAGGACAAGUAUGAGGCGUGCGACACGACACAGCUGACCUAUGAGCAGGCCUUCUGCACUUAUCGUACCGAGCUCAUCGACCAAUGCUCUGCGCUGGAUAACUGCUACUCCAGCGCCGUGAGUGUGUUUAAGGCGACGAAGGAUCUUAUCCUCAAGUCCAACUCGAGCCGCCACGUGGCCUACAUCGCUGCCAGGCAAGUGCAAUGCUACAUCCGUGUGCUGCAGUCGGACAACCUCACAAUGGCCGCAAUCGAGGCCUGUGAUCACACGAAGGUCGACACGUCACCCCUGGCGCUGACCGUGCCUACUAUUCCCCCCAAGCCCGCCUGCGACGUCUCCCUUGCGGCGGAGCACCCGUGUGGCACAGCGUGGGUCACCAAGAACUACGAGGACAGCACCAAGUACUGGGUCAAGGAGGAGAUUGCCCACAAGAACUGUAUGCCAUGCCUGACCGAGUCCUUGAACCUCGGGCUGACGCUGAAAAGCGCCGAAGUUCAUGGCGUUCAGGAUAUCUUGGACACGGUUGCGGCGACUCGUGCAUCCAGCAGCGACAAAGCCCAUUGA